AUCACAUAAUAACCACGUAGAUCAAUAAAUAAAUAAUGAAUAAAUAAAAUAGAAUCCAUGAAAUCCAACCCGAACCAAGACACUACAAGUCAAUCAAUGAGAAAUGAAACAAAGACAUGCAAAGAGAAGUUGAAGACAGAGACCCACAGACCAAUCAGCACAGCCAUAAUCAUGAUGAUCCUCCUCCUUCUUACCACCUUAGUAGUAGGGAACGAUGAUGGCUGAGGAGUCUGGAUUGACCACCCCCAAAUCCAACGAUGUUGGGGGCGAUAUCAGGCCACUUGCAGUACUAGAUAGGGGCCAAAGCAUCCACCG